CAGUUCCUCUACUCCGCCGAAUCCCUCCGCCACCACCCCAAGAACGACCACAUCCCCGAAAUAAUCAUCCUCGGCGCCUCAAACGUCGGCAAGUCCUCCUUCCUCAACGCCCUCGUCGGCCGCCCCGGUGCCGCAAGGGUCAGCGCCCGCCCCGGCAAAACAACCCUCAUGAACGCCUUUGGCCUGGGUCCCCUCCCCAACAUCCCGCGGGGCCUCGUCCGUCAGGGCGAGAAACCGCCGCGGUACAGCCUCGUCCUCGUCGACACGCCCGGGUAUGGGUUCAAGAGCCAGGCCAGCUGGGGCGAUGCCGUGUGGAAGUACAUCAAGGCGCGAAAGAUGCUGCGCGGGGCCGUGGUGCUGCUUUCUUCCGAGAAGAGGCUGAUGGAGCAGGACAAGUGGCUGUUGAGGACGCUGGCCGAGGCAAACACCAGAACGCUGGUUGUCUUGACAAAGGCGGACAAGGGCGGCGGCUCGUGGACUCAGCGAUGCGGCGAGAUGGCCACCCUGCUGCGGGAGGAGCUGCGAAAGAUGUCCCGAUCUGUAGGCAACGGAUGGGCAGAAGGGUCAGGCUGGAAUCCAGACAUACACGUCACUGCAGCGGGAAUGGACAAGGUACCGAAGCUAGGCAGCGGAGGAGGCGUGGGAGGUGUUAGGACGAGCAUCCUGGAAAUGGCAGGCUUCGACUUUGACCUCAAAGAAAAAGAGGUGAAAAAGAAAGACGAGACGGUCACGUACGGAGGACCAGUGGUUUCAUUUGAUGAUAUUAAAUGGAAGACGUGA